AUGUCCUCCACGCAAACUCCCACCCGUUCCUCCUUCAUCAACAACCUCUACCAGCACACCACCCUCAACUUCCCAGCCUCAGAUCCAAACUGCUCAAUUUGCCUCGAUCCCUACCCCACAUCUCUGGUAGUUUGGAACGCCGACGGCACCUUGUUGCACGGCCCUCAACACAUCGCCACGAAGAUGCCCUGCGGCCACUUCUUCGGCUUUGCCUGUAUCUGGAAGUGGUUGAAUGAGUUGAGCUCGACGUGUCCCAUGUGUCGGGCGAGCUUCUUUGAGGUAAAGGAGGUGGAGGCAGUUCCUGAACUGGUGGUGGAGUAUGUUGGGUAUGUUGAGACGGUUCAGAUGCGCCGACAGGUCGUCGAGUUCCAGUAUGUGGAGACAGUCAGGGAGCGGAGAACAGAGGUUGAGACGGUUGAUGUGCGUCAGCAGGUUAGGGCGCUGAGAACGGAGGUUGAGACGGUUGAGUUGCGCCAGCAGCUCAGGGAGUGGAGUCUGGCUCUGGUUGGGGAGGAGAGUGUUGAGGAGGCUGCGGAGACAAGAGAGGAGGGCAUUGUGUGGUCAUCUGAUGAGGAUGAUAGCGAGAGCGAGAGCGAGAGUGAAGGCGAGUAUGAAGGUGUCCAUGAAGUUAUAAGGGGUGACUGGUUGGUAGGUCGAGAUCUACGGGCCCGAUGA